ACAUCUCAAAAAUACAAAAAUCGAAGAAAGUCACAGAUAAUAAAAUCAUCAGAUUUUAGGAUAAAAAUUAUUAAUUUUUACAGCGAAAAUGGCCCUUCGUUUGGGAGGAGUGCUUAAAGAAUUGAGAAUUCAUUUGUGUCAAACAAGUAGACAAUCAGAAGGAGUGAGGGAAUUCAUCGAAUCUAAUUAUGUGAAAAUCAAAAAGGAUAAUCCUAAUUUCCCCAUACUGAUUCGCGAAUGCAGUGGCGUUCAACCUCGCGUAUGGGCUCGCUAUGAAAAAGGAGUUGAACGCAGUGUGCCUCUUACAAAUCUCUCUGCGAACGAUGUUUUGUCAGCAAUCAAACAACUAGUUAAGUGAAAAAGCAAUCUUUUAUUUAUUAUGUAAAUACAAUAUAGCCGUUAGAAUUUA